GUUACCUCGAGCCUCGCUGUUCGGCCACACGCUUCCGCCAACGGCUUGUGAACGAUGGAAGCUGCACUCUCGAGGAUUCGCUGCAGCUUUCUGGCCCCUUGACGCUGCAGUUAAUCCUACUACCAUUCAUCUCUGCUGCAAGGCAAGAGGUGGAUGAUCUACUUUCUGCAGCGCGAACUGGGUCCAGUGCGGAAGCCGAGCUGAUUCUGAGCCGACCGCAAGAUCCGAACUUGACAAGCGAUGAGUCUGGACUUAUGCCACUACAUCUGGCCGCACAGGGAGGCCAUCCCCAAGUGGUGAGGCUUCUCUUGGAAGCGGGAGCCGAAAAGCACCUCCUCAGCCGCGUUGCCUACCUCGAUGCCCCGAUACACGUUGCCGCCCUCUGCAACCGGACCGAAGUCAUCCGCGAACUGCUGGACCAUGGCGAUGAUGUUGAUCGCCUGAAUGGCGCCAGAAUGACUGCGCUCCACGUGGCUGCAGAGCACGGGAGCCUCGCCGUGGCUCGUUUACUCAUCCAAGCCAUGGCGGACCCAAAUCGGGUUUUCGCUGGUUACGCGACACCAUACAGUCUGGCCAAG